AUGAAGUUCCUGCGUUACCCGAGACCAGGAGGGACGGACUUCAAGGACCUGUUUGCUCCUACGCAUACAUGUAUUACCCUGAACGUGCUGUUGGCUGUGAAGGCAUACAGCUCCUGGGUGACACGGCACAUUCCGUUGCAAACGGCGAAUCGAGAGACGAGGCGCUAUCGCGUUGCGGGGCGCAUCAGGCGCUCGGGCCGCUCGCCCGAGGCGGACCGCGGGCCUGCGCCGCCCGCCCCGGGGCAGCCCCAGCUAAAGCCGGGCCCGACACUUAACUGGCGGGGUGGGUGGCAAAUCAUCGUCACCCGCUUCCCACUUCAGCAGCCUGCCGCCCCUGAGGUGCGAAGGCGUCGGAGCGCAGCGGCCGGAGGCAGGACUUCCCCGGCGAGGCCCUGGGACGAGCCCGCCGUGCGCCAGGCUGCUGAUACCCUUGCUGUGAGGCAGAAGAGAAGGAUCUAUGAUAUCACCAAUGUUUUGGAGGGGAUUGAUCUCAUUGAGAAGAAGUCAAAAAACAGCAUUCAGUGGAAAGGAGUAGGUGCUGGCUGCAAUACGAAAGAAGUCAUAGACAGGCUGAGGUAUCUGGAAGCUGAAAUUGAAGAUCUAGAGCUUAAAGAAAAAGAAUUGGAUCAGCAGAAACUGUGGCUUCAGCAAAGUAUCAAGAAUGUCAUGGAUGAUUCUACAAACCACCAGUUUUCAUAUGUCACCCAUGAAGAUAUCUGCAACUGCUUCAAUGGAGACACACUUCUAGCAAUUCAAGCACCUUGUGGUACACAGUUAGAAGUACCUAUACCCGAAAUGGGACAGAAUGGACAGAAGAAAUACCAGAUCAAUCUUAAAAGUAGUUCAGGACCUAUCCAUGUGCUGCUUAUAAAUAAAGAAUCAAGCUCCUCCAAGCCCAUGGUGUUUCCAGUUCCUCCGCCCGAUGACCUUGCACAGCCCCCAUCUCAGCCUGCAGCUCCAGCGACUCCUCUUAAACCUGCUACAGCUCCUCAAAAUCCACCAGAACAUGAUCUGAACCAAGGACAAGAGUUACCACAAACAUCAGUUGCGGACACGCCAUCAGACGGCAGUGUGCAGCAGAACAGUACAACCCCAGCAGCUCCUUACUCCAGCCUUCCAGAGUCAGUGUUGUACCCCAGCCUUUCAGGAGAUGUCACCCAAGCUACAGCUAGCUCAAAUGACUACCAGGGUUUGCUGCCCCUGGAUGUUAACUGUAUUCUCAAGCCAAACUCAUUUGACAUAGCAAAGAUGGAAGAGCCCACAGGAAAUAUCAGUGGGGAUAUCAUUGAUGAACUCAUGUCUUCUGACGUUUUUCCUCUCUUACGACUCUCUCCUACUCCCGGAGAUGACUACAACUUUAACCUGGAUGAUAAUGAAGGAGUCUGUGAUCUCUUUGAUGUGCAGAUACUAAAUUAUUAGAUAUUGUGUCAACCAGACUACUUAUCUACCUCUAACUAUAACAUUCUAGACUUCUUCAUAACCUAAGUAUUUGAAUAAUGAAUGUAUAACUUCUUAGUUCACUGACUCUGGGAGUAUAUUUCCUUUUGCUUCCUUUAACUACUUCACAAAACAAAUUCAACAACUAGAAAAAAGGGCUUUUAUCAAAAAUUCUGGCAAGUUUUUUCACCUGAGUGCCCUCUGUGUAAUCCAGUUAUUUGGAAUUUUCUUUACUAAGAAAAGUGAAAAUGCUUUAUAGCCUUUUGAUCAUUUUUUAAAAAAUGAUUAGGCUUCUUGCUCACAGUUAACAGCAUUUUCUUUGAAGCUUUACUGCCAAGAAGCUUUCUGUAUUUUUUUUUAACCUUUCAAUCAAUUUUGAAGCUUUCACUGCCAAGCUGAAAAGUGAAGGAUAUCAACUUGACUUAUGCUAAAUUGUUUCAGUGAACCAAUUUUGUGAAGUGCCUUCUGUUUUAGCACUUUAAGUUUCUCACACUGACUUCUGACAUUCCACUUUCCUAGAUGAUAGGAAAGGUCUGUUUGUAGUUUGUAUUAAAGUGUGCCAAUACUUGUAUAUUAACAAGAUUUUUUUUAAUAAAAUUGUACAAACAAA